CCCUAGUGUACCUAAGCAAAUAAUUUUUAGCUAGAUCAACAAAUAUGGCUUCCAUUGAUCAGAAACUUAAUUUGGUGGUGGCACAACCAAUAAGUGUUGUUAAAGAUCCAGAUCUCUUUGAUAGACUUAAAAAGGCCUUUGUGGAACAAAUAAAGAAAGUCAAGAGGAGAACAUUAGAAAAUCUUCAACACGAUGAAUGUGAGUUAUCUGUACCAGCAGUUCCUACGUCUAGAACAAAGACAAUAGAGAAUGACAACGUUGAUGAAACCUCUAACAAAGCUCAAUUCAAAAGAGGGAGAAAGACGACUACUAAGCUUCUCUUAGAAAUACCUUUUUCUUUUGAACAUCCACCGUUUUGUUUCAAAGAAAAUAUUGACUUAGAAAAGGUAAUAGUUGCUAACUGAUUUG